AUGUCUCUUCGCUAUACUGACUCUUCAGUGGGAUCAGACGAUUUUGACGAUAUUAUAGAUGACGACACUGUAGUAAAUGAGAAAAAAGAUAAGGAGAACAAUAGCGGUAAAGCAAAUACACAAGAGAACGAAAACAAUGACCAAAAUAUACUUCAAGAAGACGAAGUUUGCCAUGAUGAAAACUUUGUUGUGGAAGAAAACUUUAUUUUAGUUUCUUUCCCCCUUCAAGGAAAAACUGGCAAACAAUCUAUAAUAAAUAUAGAUUUGAAAAUGGCAGUCAUUGCUUUGAGCUCAAUUUUAACAGCGGUAAAAGCAGGAGUUGCGAUCAUAGGAGCAGGAAAGAUAGCAGUGCUACCGUUUCUCAUAGCCGCGAUAACGUACUUCCAUUACGAUCAAUACGACCCCGAAAACAGAAACCCUGACCAAAAGAUUUUGGAUCCAUCUUACGAUUUCAUUAUAAUCGGAGCUGGUUCUGCUGGAUCCGUAUUAGCGAAUAGACUGAGUGAGAUAGAAGGAUGGAAAGUUCUUUUGAUGGAAGCAGGAGGACAAGAAACCGAUAUCACUGACGUGCCCAUUAUGAGCUUGUAUUUGCACAAGAGUAAACUGGAUUGGGGUUACAAGACCGAAGCACAAGAUACGGCUUGCCAAGCGAUGAUAGAUAAAAGAUGCAGCUGGACAAGAGGCAAAGUUUUAGGUGGAUCAAGUGUUCUAAACACUAUGCUUUAUAUCAGAGGAAACAAAAGAGACUUUAACCGUUGGGCAGAUUAUGGUAAUGAAGGUUGGUCCUACGAAGAUGUUUUGCCCUAUUUUAAAAAAAGUCAAGACCAAAGAAAUCCUUAUUUGGCUAGAGAUAAAAGACAUCAUGCUACUGGUGGUUACCAAACAGUCCAAGACAACCCGUACAACACCCCACUGGGAGUGGCGUUCUUGGAAGCAGGUCAAGAAAUGGGUUACGACAUACGUGACAUUAACGGUGAAAAGCAAACUGGUUUUGCCCUCUAUCAAUUCACAAUGCGAAGGGGAGCUCGAUGUAGUACAGCCAAAGCUUUUCUUAGGCCUAUCAGACUGAGAAAGAACCUCCAUAUCUCCAUGUACACUCACGUUACUAAAGUAUUAAUAGAUCCCGAUACAAGAAGAGCGUAUGGUGUGGAAUAUAUAAAAAAUGGUCAAAAACAAACAGUAUUAGCUAAAAAGGAAGUCAUCCUUUCUGCUGGAGCAAUCAAUACGCCACAUUUAUUGAUGUUGAGUGGAAUUGGACCUCAGAGUCAUCUGGAAGAGAAAGGGAUACAAGUAAUUCACGAUUCUCCAGGAGUAGGGCAAAAUCUUCAAGAUCACAUAGCUUCGGUAGUCACAUUCCUCAUUGAUUACCCAAUAAGUUUGGUGAUCAACCGUCUUGUCAAUAUUAACACAGCCCUAAGAUAUGCUAUCAAAGAAGAUGGUCCUCUAACAUCAUCUAUAGGUUUGGAAACCGUCGGUUUCAUCCCAACCAAAUAUGCUAACCGCUCGGACGACUGGCCCGACAUGGAGUUUAUGUUAACCAGCACUACAACACCUGCGGAUGGUGGGACUCAGGUUAAAAAAGCUCACGGAUUGACAGAUGAAUUCUAUAAAGAAGUAUACGAGAGUAUCAACUAUAAGGAUACAUUUGGAAUCUUUGCUAUGAUGCUGAGACCAAAGAGUAGGGGAGAGAUUAAACUAAGGUCCAAAAAUCCUCUAGAAUAUCCGCUAUUAUACCACAACUACCUCACGCAUCCUCACGAUGUUAAUGUUUUACGAGAAGGUACUAAGGCUGCUAUAGCCUUCGGACAAACCGAAGCCAUGAAAAGGUUCGGAGCCCGUCUACACAACGUACCGGUGCCAAACUGCAAACACUUGCCGCUAUUUACUGACGAAUACUGGGAUUGUUAUAUCGGGCAGUAUACGUUGUCGAUAUAUCACUAUUCGUGUACUGCCAAAAUGGGCCCUGUUAGUGACCCGUGGGCUGUGGUUGACCCACAACUUAGAGUAUAUGGAGUAUCAGGCCUAAGAGUGAUUGACGCUUCCAUUAUGCCAUUCGUCACCAAUGGAAAUAUCAAUGCGCCUGUCAUUAUGAUUGGCGAGAAAGGUGCGGAUCUUAUAAAAUAUUACUGGUUCAAUCCUAGUACGAGAAGUAGAAGAAAACGGGAAAUGUAUCUUAAAUUUAAUGCUAGAUUACAACAAGGACAUAAUAAUUGUAGUGUAACGUAGCAUAUUAAAUAAUAAUGUCAGUAACGGGUUAAUCAAAAUCAAUAAAAUUAAUCAUAUAAGAAAUAAAAUCGAUAUUAAGAUUUAAAAUCGAUUGGAUACUGUGACCGCAAUCGAUUAGAAACUUUAUUCGAUUUGAUUUUAAUCAAUUUUAAGAUGAUUUAAUGUAUUACUGAUUUUAGGUAAUUUAGUAUUUAUACACAGAAAAAAAG